AUGAUGCGCCCGGGGUUGGAUAAACCGGGCGCGCUCCCUCUCCUGGCGCUGAUUGUCUUCUCAUUGUUGACUCUCGUGCCAUCGCUGUCGAGUAUCUACAAUAUCAAGUUUGCAGACUUCAGUUACUUUACUGGCGGAGCUCGCAAGCUUCCCCUGAUUCAAGAUGGCGUCGCCGCAUUCCCCCCGGAUACACCUCCUAUUGAACCCCAAAAGUCAUGGGUUAUGACUGCGCAGUAUCGCACGCGUGGAAGUCGGAUAUCACGCUCCUCGCGAUCCAAUACCGCGCCGAUAGUCUCUGGCGAUGUCACCCCGAUCGAGAAUAAAAGUCGACUCUCCUAUAUCGCUCCCGAGUCAUCAUCAUCAUUCAUGUUCAGUCGACGCGCUCGCGCAUUUCGAACAUAUUUCAUCCAACAAUUAGACGACUAUCAACUCUUUACCUCCUUUUCCAACCGAAGUUUUUCGGCCGCGCCCACGAUCAUCAACCCCCCUAUCACGCCUUCUAAUGCCUCUCCUCUACCCACCCCAACUGACGACAUCCGCUCCGAAACUACGCCUUAUCCCGAUAAUAACUCUUCGCCUCCAUAUACAUCUUUCCGAGAAGAAACGGGACUGCAGAUCCCGGCCUUGUGCAACCAGUGGCAGCAGGCCUGCCGCAGAGCGAUUGGCCUUUGGGAAAAUGCCAAGCACACUGCAUCUGUCUCUCGGGUGCAACCCCUAAUUCAGCUAGGAUCCAAAUACCUGGAAUCAAUGCUUACACCCCAAAACGCGACUGGCGAGCAAUCAAUAACAUCAGCCCGUUCUGCAAAGGAUACGUCACUUGCGACCAACGCUAGUUCUGGUUCUACAGUCCAGACGCAAAAACUACACACAACAUCGAGCAAUCAGACCACAGACGCUGCUGUCCACACAGCAGAACUGCGGGGCAGCUGCAUGGCUGUGGUCAUUGGUCUGGUGGCAGGAAUCAUGUGGUUCUAA